AUGUCAUUGCCCUCAGGAAACAAGAAUCAUGAUACUGGUAGGAUUGAGGACUGGAUUGCCACAGAGCCACCACGCACUGGCAGUCUGAUCAGCCGACUUUGUGCGGAAUGUGUGGACACGACAAAAUUUGCUAUGAAAAAGAUGAGUCUUCAGGACAGCCUCUCCAAGCCCAUGCAUCGGACUUUGGAGAAAAGCUGCAGCUCUCUGAUUCUGUGGGUGGAUGGGUAUGGUGCGGUGGAGGGCAACCUGGACGCCACCUUGGAAAGAUCGAGAACAUUGAAUCGAUCUGUUCUAGCAGCUCUAAUAAACAUCUGCGACACUCUGACAAAGUGCUUGAUUCCUUCCGUAUGUGCUCCAGACGAAGAUGCGCAACUGCGAACAGACCUUCUAGCAUGUUUGGUAUCGGAAGCAAAAGACGCCCUUCAAGAUAUCUACCAAAUCUCUGAAAGCGAAGGAAGUGACAGCGAGUCGUCUUCUGAAUCUGUUUCAGAUGAUUGGGACCAAAUCGCCUCCGACAUGCGGACAGACGUCGAAUGCUUGAUCGAUCUUGAGCCUCUCAUCAAGUGCCCAUUCAUAGACUCUCGAAAAGAAAAUUCCAACCAGACAAAAACUACCGAAACCCCUCAAUGGACGCCACUCAAACUCUACUCGGAUCGCAUUGCCAAUAGGUUUCCAGUCGCCCAGGCGGAACUUGUUGAACGUUUGGCUCGUGCCAAUUGGGAUCGAUUCCAAAGAAUUCAGCUGGAGAAAGAACGGAAUAUUGUCAACAGAGACGAUGAGAGAGUUGCGCAGGAAGCAGAUUUGACGACGCCUACAGAAACGGGAUCGGCUUUCCAAGACUCUGGGCUUGGGACAUCACUUAGAACGGGGAGCAGAAGCAAAGAACGGGACACCUUUUUGCUGCCUGGCAUGUGGACGGCGGGUAAGAAUCAGGGGCGACACAAUGUGGAAGUAAGUCUUUAUGAUUGCGUUCUAAAGCAAUCGUAUGUACUAAACGAACAUCCAGGAAACACUUAUUUAGCGAUUUGA